GCGUGGUAUAAGUAGCAAAGGCUUCGAAUCUUUUUCGGUGUUUGACAUGUGCAUGCCCCGACCACGGUUUUGGGCAAAGUCGGCGACUCGUGGAUCUAGUGAGUCCAUUAGAACGCUGCCUCUGUACAACCUAAAUCUUGAACGUCAUGGACAUCCCCGUUGUAUCCCCAAGCCGCUUCAUUUUCCCUUCCCACAUAUCUCGACUUCCUCCAGAGUUGUUAGCCAAGAUAUUCUUGCACCUAGCUGAUGCAUUUCGACAUGAGCCAAAAGCCAUGGGUUGCUUUGGUCAUCGACCAUACGCUUGGCUUCGAGUCACCCGCGUUUGUCAUUUUUGGCAUGAUGCCGCUCUUGGAUGUCCUCCAUUAUGGGCUUUCAUCAAUACAUCAUACCCUGUCGAUCGGAUCAAAAUGCUGCUACGGAGAUCUGGACAAGUCCCACUCAUCGUAAAGCCCAUCUCCACGCUUGCCCUCAGCUGUAGUUUCAGUGACGUGAUAGAUCAGAGCGUUUUGGCACUAGUGCUGCAAGAAGUGCCUCGAAUCAUGAAGCUGGAGGUCAUGAUCACGGAAUCCUUUUCAACGAAGCUUGCGAUGACUAACAUUCAAUAUCCGUCGCUGAGAUCCCUGUGCCUCAGAAGCGCUUUCAUCAAUUUUGAAACCGAUACUCGUCGGGAGAAAAUGGAUUUUGCGCUCAAUUUUGACAUUCCUCGCCUUCGUUCCCUCAAAGCUUUCUCUUUCGAGUUCUCGGAAGCAAAAACCUUGUUUCGGCCUUGGUUACAGAAACUUAUCCUCCAACCGGCCUCAUAUCCUCCGUUGCACGAAGUGUCGGAGUGCAUACGAGGACUACCUCUCCUAUCCUCCUUAGACCUGCUCGCCUUCAACUACUUUAAUGAUAGUAGUUCUGACUAUCCAAAGGGCUACAAAGCCGUCGCUUUGAACCACCUGCAAUGGUUGCAUAUUGACGGCAACCGAUACUACUGUCGGUUCCUCGAUAACCUCGAGAUUGCACCAGGCGCAUGUGUGUCCCUUGAAUUGUCGACUGGCAAUGUGUUCCGUGAUCUCGAGGACAUCGAUACGAUGACUUAUAAUGCUAUGAGAUUCUGUGGACUGCCAAAUCACGAUGUGGUGCUACCCCAAUCGCGUAUGCUACGAUCCAUGGCUGUCCAGUAUGAAGUCCAUCAUUCGCAAGCAACAAUAGACAUCCAAGGCUGGGACGUCGUCUUUUCUCGUGAUAUCUUUAUGCGGGAGACUGGAUAUCCUCAUUCGCUCCCCCGACCGUUUAUUCAUCUCAAACUCAGAUGUUUCUCCGUAAAUGACGGCGUGGUGGUGUUAUCUCAUUUCUGCCGAAACUUCAAUGUCGGGGAGAUUCAAGCCUUGAUUUUGGGCUUCGCUGUUCAAAGGCAUUCUGACAACGAUGCUAUGUGGCAUGGAUUAGCACAUGUAUUCGACAGUCCCAGUAUCGAAACACUGGUCAUGCUGGAUUGGCAUGCAGGACAAUUGGCUUCACUGAUCACGACAGACCAUUGUAAUUCAUUGCCUUCUGGAACUCCGUCAAUACCCUUUCCGGGUCUCAAAACGCUGGUCAGCUACCGUCUACGAUGGGCCGAUGUUGAUGAAGGCAUCAGUCCCUCACCGCUACCGCUCACCACAGGUCUGCAAUAUCGAGCCAAGAACAAUGUUGGGAUAGAGACCCUAUGCCUUCGUGAUUGUAUAUCAGACGUCAAUAAGGAGGAUCUUGAAGAAUCGAUGGCAGUUGUGCCUAACUUAAUGUGGAAUGUGAAGGAGCCUGAGGCGACAGACGAUGACAGCGACUGGUGGUCCAGUGUCGAUUCUGCAUCAUCGCUACUCGGGCAGGAAGAAUAGGCCUGCCGUCUCUCCGAAUAGCAGACUUGAGUUCUAGAAGUGGAGGUCUAGCGGUAUGUGAGAAAUUGACUUGCAUGCAUUUAUACAUGGCUCUCUGACGAUGUAGCAUUGCAACAAAUGUAUAGCCUGCUACCGAAAGAGGUUAUCCAUCUCAUUAUAUACAAAAGCCCGAGUUAUGCCACGCAAGGCGAUAAAGAAAAGCGAUAUUCCUUUGCAGUCGAGGUAGGAGACGUAUAUCACCACACCUCUUUAAUCACCGUGGUGCAUAGUCGCGCUUCGGUCUCCUCUGGUUUGGAUAAUUUGGAUAAAUAUACGGGACAAGAAUGCCCCUGCUUUUAGAAGGCGGGAGCGAGCCUUCUGAUCCUGUGGGUUGUCCGCUCAGAAAGAAAAGAAAAUCGUGAGUGGUUGAUAAAGAGUGAUGAGAGCUUCACUGAACCCAUUCACGCGCUGGCUACCGGGUUGGCAUGCAGGACAGCUGAUCACGACGGGUACCGGUCACUGUGGCCUUUCGAUCCGUUCUCCAGAUGACCCGUUGCCUCCUCGCAUCCCGCCACUGGUAAUACACCCUUCUCAGGUGUCUCAAAACCCUGGUCACCUAGGGCCGUCUAUGAUACAUUGGGCUAGUGGAGAUAUCGGCUCACAACUGCCACGACUCGCCACCGCCCUGAAAUACCGAGCUAAGAAUAACGUUGGGAUAGAGACUCUAUGCCUUCGUGAUUGUAAAUUAGACAUCGAUACAUAGGGAGGACGUCGAAGAAUCGAUGGCGGUUGUCCCUAACUUCACGUGGAAUGUGAAGGAAGCGACAGACGAUGACAGCGACUGAUGAUCCGUUGGUUGUCGAUUCUGCAUCAUCGCUACUCUUUUGUGUGUAAGUAGUCGACUCGGUGACUAUGAACAAACUUGAUGACAAUCU